AUGGGAAAAGACUAUUACAAAAUCCUCGGAGUAGCGAAAGGAGCCAGCGAUGACGAGAUCAAGAAGGCUUACAGAAAGAUGGCUUUGAAGUACCACCCAGAUAAAAACAAGGAGCCUGGAGCCGAGAAUAGAUUUAAGCAGCUCCACGUUUCCUUCAAAUCGUAUCAUUAUGUGAUAUCGAAUCAUUUUGCUGAAAAGGGGCUGAUGAAAUUUCUGGUUCUGUUUCACCUUGAGCUGAUAACCUUCUACGGCGUCAUGCCAAGCGUGAUCAAUCAUGAUGACCCAAUUCGUUACAACACAGUUUUCUUCGCGAAGUUGUCCGUGAGAUUACCGUUUGUUAUCAACGAGUAUGCAAACUUCUUCACAGAAGGAGAGAAGAAAGCAGCUCUUAUAUGA